ACAAAAGCAAUGGCAGUCACACGCGCCUCCUUCGCCAUCUUCCUCCACUUCUGUUUGGCUGCCAUUGCCGCCGCCGGCUACUACAACCCCGCCACUACUCCCUCUCAUCCGGUUUACACUCCGGUUCACAAGCCUACUCUCCCACCGGUUUACACACCACCGGUUAAGAAGCCGACCCUCCCACCUCCGGUCUACACGCCCCCGGUUUACACAUACACACCACCGGUUAAGAAGCCGUCAGAGGAUGCUCCAAAACCCCACAUAUACUCUCCCCCCGUGAAGCCAUACGUGCCCGUCGCCAUUGACGGCGUUAUCUUGUGCAAACACGGCUACAACACCUACCCAAUCAAAGGAGCAAAGGCAAAGUUGGUGUGCUCGGAGGUGGAUUCGUACGGAAAAAACAAGGAGGAGGUGGUGUUGUACAGCAAGCAGACGGACGGGAAAGGGUACUUCGAGUUGACGGUGACGGAAGUGGUGAAGGACAUUGCCCUGUGCAGAGUGAAGCUCCAUAGCUCUCCCAUGGCCACUUGCAAGAACCCUACAAAUGUCAACAAGGGCCUCACCGGAGCUCCUCUCUCUCUCUACAAUUACCGUACUUUCCCCGACAGGAACUUGAAAAUGUACAGUGUCGGACCUUUCUACUUCACCGGUUCUGAGCAUGCUCCGCCUCACCCCAAUUACUAGCUUUCACCUCUCUCUCUCUGUUUCAAUAUAUAUAUAUAUAUAUGUGCCGUCCAAUAAGGCAAUAACGCUUUCGUAUGAUCUUGUUUUGUUUUUAACUGUUGUUUGUAUUUUUACACUGAGUUGUGGGGUAUUCUUUUUAUAUGGUUUUGAGGUGCUGUUGGUCUGAAUCGGGCUGUGCAGUGCAUUCCAACAAAAAGGCGCUUUACCUAUUUUGUUCAUUUAAAGAGAAUAUU